CUUGUACUGGUUGAAAGCUUCCCACCCAUGUUGCUAACCUCCAUCUUUAUUCUAAAUACUAUAGAUGGAUAGCUAGCUAUCCAAGCACUUGGGUAGUUGGUUAUGCUCGCGUUAUUCACCAGACGAUCCAAACCUGUCAUUUUGAAGCUGGGUUAUGAACGACGCGACCACCUAUGUAUGUACAUGAAAACACUUGGAUAUCUCAUAUUGAGGACCGAGCGUCUCUUCUCUCUUAAUGAUCGUGAACCACAUUUGAAUCAUAUCACAUCAAUAUUCUCUAUCCCAAACCGCUUCACAUAUUGCUGUCAUUCGAAGUUGCAAGAUAGGGAAAGAUACUGGCACCGGAAGCAUGCAGAAUGCAGAUCCAUAUCUAAUUCCUCACAAGUUUAACUCACAUUGCAAUAUGCCCUUCUAAACUUGCUUCGACGGCUUGAAUGGAUUCAAGUUAGUCCUCCCUAUCACUGUUUGCGACCGAGCCUGCCGGGAUUCGAAACCUAUUCGUUGGCAGUAUCAGCAUAUGUCCCAUCCGCCGUUGUUUCCAUGAGAAAGAGCUUGGGCACUCCCAGGUCUCUAAUCUUCCACGUCUUGCACCAGCAUAAUUAGCUGACUUUCGCGUACAAAACGCAAACCAUAACCCAGUCAUACCUUCCCAUCGAAGGUAUAUCUGCAAUGGAUGACCGCGCGCAAGCCAACUUGUCUGUCCGAUACAGUCUUGUGUAUACAUACGGCUGUGACCUCGAUACGUGGUGAUGAAGCCACCAGCGGUAGAUUCACGAGACAAUGACAGGAAACUUCUCAGUCAUGGCAACAUUGGUGUCGAGCUGCUCAUGAUAAAUUCACGCCAGGAUGCGGCGCCCUCGGUUUCUAUCCUUUACUCAAAAUAUCCUGCAUUACCAAUUCUUCGCGUAUCGCCCCCCUUCCAAAAUCCCAUCUCACUCUGAGGAGACUGGGACAAUUCAGUCGAUAUGUAUGUCCGGUAGUUCAUUAUAGUUUGAUAUGCGAGGUCGCAUAAGGAACGACCCCUUUAAUGGCCUUCUGGCCUUUGCCUAGGUCUCUUGAUCCUAACAUUAGCGAGACGUAAUUCAGUGGAUACUGCAUUGAAGACUUUCCUGAAACUCAAAUCGGAUUUUAUAUACAGAGUAAUUAGAAUCCCUAAAUAAUUCCUAUCGUCGCUGCACGGCGCACGUGUAUAUGUACUAACGUAGCGCACUUACACUUGAUUAAGAUAUGGGAAACGUAGUUGAAGUAUUUAUUAUAGUUAUGUAUGCUUUAUGUCUAUGACGGUGCAAAAAAAAAGGAGGGAAAAAAAGGGCGAGGAGCAAGAUAGGCAACGAUGUAUGCUAGCUUUGCCAGGAUUUGCUGUGGUUAUGAUUUCUUCCUUUGAGAAACUCCAGUCAAUCUUUCGUACUGCGUAGGAUCACCGCGGUACUUUCGUGGGAUGUGUUCAAAAAGGCCAUUUUUCAGCAUCGGAUUCGAGACGGGAACGGAGGUUAUUCUAUGUUUAAACAGGAGAUCUUUGUGUGCUUUGUGUUCCAGGCUGUGUCUGUUGGGUGUGGGGUUGGUCGGUAGCAGCUUUGACCGCAUGUUUGGGUUUUCAAAAGGUACACAGAGUAUAUUCUCCAAGCAAGUUUAUAAACUCUUCUGGGUUAGUUAAAGGAGCCGUCAAAUUCUAUAACUUUCGAGCCAGGCUGUAUCAUAAUAUCUGGUGGCUGGGCGUUGGGCAAACUUGGUUUGGAUGCGGGAGAUCUACGGAGGAUAUAAACUAACUACCACCCCGCUGGUUGGUGGUUAACUACCAAUGGUUUUGAUUUGAUUUGAUUUUCUUUUUCUUUUUCUUUUUCUUUUUACUUUUUCUUUUUCCUUUGCGGGCAUGAUCGGUCGGUUUAUUUUAGUUAACCUUUUUAAUGGCAGAAAGAAACACAAUAUUUUCUGUUUGGGAUUUUCCCUAGUAACUACGGAGUACAGAGAACUCAAUCUGUAUCCCGAGAAAUUUCAUCACUCCCCCCAUAUUAGUUAUAUCCCCGCAAGUUUCUUUUCUAGAAGAACAAGCAAGCCCUUGGCCGGUGAGGUUGACAACAUUGCGAAAGGGAAAACCAAAAACAAGGAAAACCAAGCCAACCCUCCCGGCUGACAUUCCGGGAGCCAGGAUCUUCAGCCUUGUCUCAAAGACAGGGAGGGGCGUCAUCAAGCAUCAGUGACAGGCAGGAUACAGGAUGACCUCUUGACAAACUGCAAGCAAUUGUAGCCUGGGCUGUUGCGUGUGUCUAAUAUGUGUCUAGUAAUAUGGCUAUCAUCCCCGUACAGUACAAUGUACAUGUACAUGUACGUCCACAACACACGGCUAUCUUCACCACAUAGCUUAGGUACCUAGCCAGCUGGUGACCAAAAACUGGAUCUUCCUCCGAUUUUGCUUCCCUCUUUUCCAUCUAUAGCAUAUUCCAUUCGUCUUUUCAGCCCGUAUCUCCCAUUCGUGUCAAGUCUCUCGCUUUCGGUUCGAAUGGGAUCUCUUUCGCACUCUGAAAUUCUCGACAUUCGUUAAUUUCUCUUCUCUACCUCCCGAACUCCUGUCCACAAUCUCGUUGCAUACGCGAUUUGAAAUCUUCUGCUCUUUCCUUGUACCAGGGUGUGAGAUCCUCGAUCGUUCCUCCAUUGAUGUUGUGGAUAUUCCCUUAAUGCCCGGCUGAGCUUACCAGUAUAACCUAUCCUUCUUCGCUCGCACAAGCUUUCUCGCAUUCCCUACACGACAAUUACUUGCUUCAUUGUCUAUUAACUUACCUUUCUCCGCUCCCCUUGCACACACAAAGCCACUUUCAAUCGUCGAUCUAGUUCGCGUCCAGUUGCAAUGAGACUAGACGGCUUCAAAAUCCUCUAGAAUCACUCCAUUUGAAGAAAUAAUGCCAUUUUUCAAGGACCUCCGUCGCCGCUCCAGGGCUACUUUUAGCUUGACCCCGUCUUCCUCCUUCAAUGCCAAUGACGACGUACUCCCUGACAAAUCCUCAUCUACUCUCGACUCCCCGAUUCCUAGCUUGCGUAGCUCCUCUGUAUCUUUUCUCAAAAGCAACAGUCCCGACUUACCCUUUCCUCAUUUAUCUACCCUCUCGAAAUUGAACGGAAACGGAGAUGGCCCACAGGUGACGCCACCACAGAGACCUGUUCCAAUUGGGUCCCAGUCAAGCCGGAGCAAUGGUACUAAUGGUAGUCAUCACUGUCUGACAAAUUCCGGAAGAGGUUCUGCACCGGUGCCUCUGUAUGCCCCGAGAGUUUUUUCUGUUUCCGAUAACUCUUGGGUACAUCAAAAAAUCCUCCUAAUUUAUGGUCAGACUGGAGACGCACGACAGCACUCCGUUGAUGGAAACAUAACUAUCCACCAUUCCCAAGAUUCGUUCCCUCCCAUCACCUGGCCUGUUUAUGAGUCACACUUCAAGGCUUUGGUCCAUCUUAUCCCAGGUCCUAACAAGCUACGACUUGAAUUCACCUCCUCAAAAAUUCAGAACCCAAUUGCCCAUUCGUCAUGGGUGAGCAUUAACUACCUGCCUUUAGUAAACUCUCCUCCCCUCCAGCUCGCAAUUGUGCUGGGGAGCGAUUCCGAUGGCCGUUUUGAUGCGGUUCCCGAGAGAAUAUCACGGGAGGGAAACGGUUUGGAGACCGCAAUACGGAAAUUUCGAAUGGCUGCGUAUAUGUGGCAGUCGUUUACUGGGGAACAGAUGUACCGAAAUAAGUUCGGAAGGCGCUGUUUCCGAUUUGAAGAGGAGUGGCAGGUUGGAACGCUGAGCCUACGGGACGCGAAGUCACAUCAGAUGAGAAACGAGGCCAAGAUACACAUUAUACGCUGCGACAGAACGGUUAACGAUCUGAGAAAUCUUAGUGUUGUGGGACAGGGUGGCACUAAAUCGGAUGCGAGUGAGCUCUUCAACGUUGUACUUGAGGCUAUCAAACGUUAUUUUGGGACUGGAGAUGGCCAAAUGCAGUAUGUCUCGGCACUAAUGCUUGAUACCCACUGGGACAUAGGAUCCCAGAAAAUCACAUGUCAUGCCGCAGCGGGCUCUGAUGGAGAUAAUAUCAAGCUGGCUCUUUUUGGAUCCUAUGCGUUGCAAAGCUACCCAACCGCCAUGGAAGAAGUAGUCACAGCUUUCACUGACUGCACACGGACGGAUACUAAUUUCGUUGCCAAUUACAGAAAUGAGUGUGGGAGCAACUGGGAAGCUGUUAACUCCGGGAUUGGCGGCCAUCUCCGUUCAAUUGGCCGUUUAUUUGGCUGUCGCAAUCAAGAGAGUGGUAUCAUGUGUGGAGAUUGCAUUCUAUUGAAUCGAAGCUUCACAAUUCGAGAACCAUAUUCUACUCGAACGAAGGCACAGGGACUGCGACUCUGCCUUAAUGAGGACGAAUGUAACUGGCAUAGACUUGAUACCCUUCGUUUUAGAUUUCAUGCAUGCUUCCGGCUGCCACGAGAUUCACCUCCUCGCUCUGAUGACUCAGUUCAAGUAUGGCCCGUUGACAAUGGCAAGAUAUUAAUCACUUCGUCAGCUGGCAUUGCUUUCAUCGAAAUUUACGUGGACAAUGAUGAGAUCUGCAGGUCGUAUCUCGAAUACGUGGAUGGUGAUUCCGGCAAUAAUGGCAUCCCGAAGCAGAUCGCUCUCACCGAAGCUGAGAUUCGCCGGCAAACUCCUGGGAGCACUAACAAGAAGAGAAAGAUCAAGUUGGUGAUAUAUUCCGGCAUCCUUAGCACUUAUACGAUUGACGACAUUAGCAAACUCAAAUCCAAACAUUCGACUGCUAAAUUACCUACUGGGCAAGUUGGAUACAGGGGCAACAAAUUGGGGCAAGCUCUAUCCUUAGAUAGUAUCCCAGAACAACUGUUCCUGGAAUGUGCCUUCAUCCAGACGAAGCUUCUGGUCUCCGUGAAAGUCUAUCAUAAUGGCUUUAUAUACGGAUUAGAGUUUUGUUACGAAGACUCCACGAGCCAGGUAUUUGGGCACAAAAAUUCCAACUCUACCCGUAGCGAAUUUGUGUUUGACACUCGUCGUGGUGAAAUCCUAAUGGGAUUUUACGUGAAGAUGGGCAGGCAAAUCGAUGGCAUUGGACUUAUCACGAAUCUCAGCAGGAAAUCUGCGGUUUUCGGAAACGGCAACGGUAGAGCUGGCCAUACAUUGAUACCACCAAGGGGCUACAGUAUUGCUGGAAUAUCCGGAUCCGUAGCGUCCUGCAUUGAGGAACUCUCCCUAAUUAUAACUCGAUGACGGAUGUUCUCCUCUACUUCUGGGACUUUCAUAAGCUUGCUAUAUUCCUAUCAAGCUGGGUGCACCAAUUUCACCCUCUUGUUACGCAAUUGCGUAGCGCGAUAUUAACAUCUUUUGUGGCUCCCAUCGUGUCGUUCACACACUACCCGAAAAUUCGCCGCCACCCUGACAAAGAUCUCACUGAACACUCGAGUUCUCUAUACCAAAAACUUCACAUAAAUUCAAAGCAACGCCUCUGAAAGGUUUACUUCUGCGCCCUACUAUCUGUUAUAUACGUUCGACACCUCUUAUUUGAAUUCCGCGGGAUCGUCUACGCUCGAAGCGAUUUUCAUGGUGGCAGGUUGGGCGGGUUUUGUAUUCAAACCCCAAAUCAAACAUGGAGUCACGAUCACGAACUACGCAAAUAUAUAUUUCUCUAGUUAUCUUUUAUCUUCGCUUCAUCUGACUUGCAUCGGGUUGUAUGUUCUUCUUUACACGACGAUGGCCCUUGAAAUAUUUUCUGCACAUUUCAUUUGUGAAAAUAGGGCGGAAAUGCGUUUACCGUAUAUGACCACCGAUAUUCUUCUCUUUUAUUCUCGUUUCUGUUGCAUUUUUCAUUUUUAUACCUUCAAUUUCUCUUCCGAGUUCAUCUGGUUGUUAUAUCUCUUCAAAAGGAGCUCUGUUAACUCAAAUGUUAUUCAUUUUCCGUAUCAAGGUUUCAUUUGAAAGUUAUUGACCCUUUUUCUCUCUUAACUGUUACCUGCCACUCCCACAGGGUUUCUAGUAACCCUUUUUUAUCUUUGUUUUUUAUGACUGCAUAUAUCCUGUUCAUAAUAUGGGUGCAGGAGUAUAAGGGGACUGAGGAAUGAAUAAUGCUACUACUUUGCUAGAACAUGCGGGGGUUUAAGAUUCACUUUUUCUUUCCCUGUCUGGGUGGGUUUCUCCUUGUCCUUCAGCAGGUUUUAGUUUUCACUUACUUCUUUUUUCAUUCGGUCCUGCGGCUGGGCAUGGCGGUGCAUUUAUGUUGGGUGAGGCAUGUGGCAUGCGUAUGAUGUACUUUUUUUCCUUUUAGAUUUUUUUCCGCAGGGUUAAAAUAAAUAAAUAAUCAGCCUCUGUGUUUUAUAAAGAGUACUAUCUGUUCCUGUUUCCUUCGAUUCGGCCGAGGUUUUUCAUCACAGUUCUGUAAAUAGAAAAUCAAUUAUGCAAUCAAAUCAACAGCUGACCUGUGCAACUAAUUAUACUAGACAAAACUAUCUCUCUAUAUA